AUGGAGUCUCGCAAACAACCGCCCUGGACCCCACCGUCCCAUCCCUCCACGUCCACAUCCACACCCCUUCCAGUCCCACCAUUAACAGUGUGGAACUCCCUAACCCGAUCCAAGACCCCAUUCGUACCCAUAGACCCAGCCGGACGCAAAGUAACCUGGUACGCAUGCGGACCGACAGUCUACGACGACGCACAUCUAGGCCAUGCGCGCAAUUACAUGAGCACGGAUAUCCUGCGGCGGAUUAUGCGGGAUUACUUUGGGUUCGAUGUGCGCUUCGUGAUGAAUAUUACCGAUGUGGAUGAUAAGAUUAUUAUCCGUGGCAGACAGCAGUAUCUGUUUAAGCAGUAUUUGGAUGAACAUCCGGUUGUUACGAGGGGUGUUUUGCAGAGUGCAACUGUGGCGUAUGGGUUUUAUAUACGCGAGAAUCUAAGUCUACUUGAUCCGGGGACGGAGCCGGGAUGGUUUGCUGAGCGAGUUGAGGACGUGUAUGGUGUGGUUUUGAGAGGGGGGACACUGGAUAUGGAGGGGAAGAAGCCUGGUGAUGCUGAAGCGAAGAUAAGGAUGCAUAUCAACACGCUUAUACCGGCUGCUAGCAUGAUUGCUGAUGUUACAAGCUACUUUGCAGCUCAGUCAGAGGAUGUGGACGAGUUGGGAGGAAGCAUAACGAGUGACGAUUUCUACAAUGCCACCCGGGAAGUCUACCUCCCUUACAUCGAUAGUCUCAAGGGCUCAUCCGUGCCCGCAGAUGCGUACGACAUCUUCACGAAACUGGCUCGCAAAUACGAAAACCAUUUCAUGAAAGACAUGCGGGGCCUUAACGUCCUGGACCCUGAUGAAAUAACCCGGGUCACAGAAUACGGGCAAGAGAUCGCGGAUUUCGUAGAGAAGAUCGUGGCAAAUCAAUUCGGAUACGUUACCCCCGAUGGAUCCGUCUACUUCGACAUAGACCAGUUCGAGAAAGCCGGAAACCACUACGCCAGACUGGAGCCGUGGAAUCGAAAUAACCAGCCCCUGCAGCGAGACGGAGAGGGAGCAUUGACCAAAGCCGUACAGAAGAAAUCGCCUGACGACUUCGCCCUCUGGAAGGCCUCUCGACCGGGUGAACCGGCCUGGCCGAGCCCGUGGGGACCUGGACGCCCUGGGUGGCAUAUCGAAUGUUCGGCUAUGGCUUCGAGUCGACUGGGGAGUCAGAUUGAUGUCCAUUCUGGAGGCGUUGAUCUGGCGUUUCCGCACCAUGAUAAUGAACUCGCCCAGAGCGAGGCGUAUUGGUCUAGUAGCCAGCAAUGGGUAAAUUACUUCUUGCAUAUGGGCCACUUGUCGAUCCAGGGGUCGAAGAUGUCGAAAAGCUUGAAGAAUUUCGUUACCGUCCGUGACGCUCUUGACCGAGGCGAUUGGACCCCGCGGGGGCUGAGGAUUGUCUUUUUGUUGGGAGGUUGGCGAGAUGGGGUUGAGAUCUCGGACGAGCUAGUCAAGGCAUCGUCGUCUUGGGAAGAUAAGCUAACCAACUUCUUCAUUAAGGCGAAGGAUGUCGCGAGCCGAGACAGCUCACAGACUGUUGAAUUCUCUCUAUCGGGAGCCCUCGAGGUGGCCCAGGAUAGGGUUCAUGAACACUUUUGCGAUUCAUUCAACACGCCUAAGGUCAUGGCGUCUAUUUCAGACUUGGUUUCUGUUUUCAACACCCAUGAUAUUAGAUCAUUGGAUCCAACAGCGGUGGAUGCCGCAGCGAGAUGGGUGACUCGAAUCGUGACGAUUCUUGGAUUGAACGGUGUAGCCUUGCCUGAUAGUGCUGGCAUUGGGUGGGAGGGAACUGACAUCCCUGAUGCCGCAAAACCGUUUAUAUACCCGCUAUCUGCCAUGCGAGAUUCGUUGCGUCGUGUUGCUAAAUCGGAUACGCCCAUAACUUCUAAUCAACUUCAAAGAAUUAUAGACGAAUCGACGGUCACAGUUGACAUUUCGGACACCGGUAGAUCAUAUGCCGAUGCCUUGGAUAGCUUCCGCUCCAGAAUUUCCUUGCUGAAGGUAGGGGUGGCAUCUACGUCGAAAGAAAUACUUUCCCUAUCUGAUAAGCUACGCGACGUCGACCUGUUUAACCUUGGCAUUUACCUCGAAGACCGCGAAGACAUGCCUGCGUUAGUUCGGCCAGUGACUAGGGAUAUGAUUCAAACCCGUGAAGAACUUGUCCAACAGGCUAAGGAAAAACAAGAGGAGAAAGGGAAGCAAGAUAGCCUUGUCCGUGGGAGACUCGAGAAGGGGAAAAUACGUCCUUUGGAUAUGUUCAAGACCACCGAGUUUAGUGCUUGGGAUAAGGACGGGCUUCCGACUAAAGAUGCUGCAGGCGAGCCGGUCAAUAAGAGUCGCAGUAAGAAGCUGCGAAAGGAGUGGGAAAGGCAGAAGAAGGCUCAUGAAGCCUGGAUUGUCGCCAAUGCUUGA